AUGAGACUCCUUUUAUUUCUAAUGAUUUGCCACUGUGCCAUAAACAUUGUCAAUAGCCACCAUGUUUCAAAUCCCAAUUUCAUUUUAUUGAUGGCUGAUGAUCUUGGUAUUGGAGACCUGGGAUGUUAUGGGAACAGAACCUUAAGAACUCCUAAUAUUGACAGGCUAGCAGAGGAAGGAGUGACGCUUACUCAGCAUAUAGCAGCAUCCCCACUUUGUACUCCAAGCAGGGCAGCUUUCCUAACAGGGCGAUACCCUAUCAGAUCAGGAAUGGCUGCCUUCUCACGAGUUGGUGUCUUCUUAUUUUCUGCCUCUUCUGGAGGACUUCCUUUGGAAGAAAUAACUUUUUCCAAACUCCUGAAGCAGAGAGGUUAUACAACAGCUUUAAUAGGAAAGUGGCAUCUUGGGAUGAACUGUGAAAGCAGUAAUGACUUCUGUCACCACCCCCUUAGUCAUGGAUUUGAUUACUUUUAUGGGCUUACCGUGACCAAUUUUAGAGACUGCAAACCUGGCCAAGGCAGCGUAUUUUUAAAAGGGGUUCAGAAAUCCCUUGUCAUCCCAAUCAAAAUCGCUGGAAUCACCCUGGUCUCUUUGGCAAUAGCGCAGUACAUUGGCCUCCUCAAAGUACCAUUCCAAGCACUGGGUUACUGCUUGUUAAUAACGGCUAUUUCACUUGCGGUUUUGAUCUUUUUCUUUUAUCAUUUUCGACACCUGAACUGCUUCUUAAUGAGGGACCAUCAGAUUAUCCAGCAACCACUAUCCUAUGAGAACCUUACUCAGAGACUGACAAAGGAAGCCGUGCAGUUUAUAGGAAGGAACACGGAUGCACCAUUUCUUCUUGUCCUGUCUUAUCUCCAUGUCCAUACUGCUCUAUACGCUUCAAAAAAUUUCAGAGGAAAGAGUAAGCAUGGUUUAUAUGGGGAUGCAGUAGAGGAAAUGGACUGGAGUGUAGGGCAGGUUCUAGAUGUGCUGAAGAAACAUAAUAUGAGUGAUAAAACUCUUGUAUACUUUACGUCUGACCAAGGGGCUCAUGUUGAAGAAAUCUCCAGUUCUGGAGAAGUCCAUGGAGGAUACAAUGGCAUAUAUAAAGGUGGAAAAUCAAUGAACUGGGAAGGAGGUAUUCGUGUGCCAGGGCUUCUCCGUUUGCCUGGAGUCAUACAGGCUGGUGCCUAUAUCGAUGAGCCAACAAGUAACAUGGAUAUAUUUCCUACGAUAGCCAAGCUUGCCGAGGCACAGUUACCCUCUGACAGAAUUAUUGAUGGACAUGAUCUGAUGCCUUUACUUCAAGGAAAAGUUACCCGAUCAAAGCAUGAAUUUCUCUUCCAUUACUGUAAUGCAUAUUUAAAUGCAGUGCGCUGGCAUCCAGAAAACAGUAAGUAA